AUGAAUCCCGAGCACCAUAGUAUGACCACGGGUGGUGGCCAGCCACCGGAAGUUCUGAGGUGCGAACGAUUUGUUAGUUUUUUGCUUUCAGUUUCUUGUUGGGAUACUAAUUUUGUUUUAUUGCAGUCUCAGAAUCAAAGAGUUCAAUCUGCUCAGCAACAACAGCAAAAUAACUUGCCUGCCACGACAUCUGCUACUGAUCUGCGAGUGAACUCUGUGAACUCGGCUGUGAAUGUCGCUUUGUCCAGUGUAGCAAAAUAUUGGGUGUUUACAAAUUUAUUUCCUGGACCUAUACCACAAGUUUCAGUGAUCUCGGUCAAGCUCAUGCGAGCAUACUUAAUGGAGAUCCAAAUAUUAUACUUGGCCACCAUGCUGGCCAAUCUCAAGUCACAUGUCAGCGCAGGAGGUCGCAAAUACCAGUUUCCACAGAUCAUUGCUACUCAGUCCGGUCAAACACAUGAAACUCUUGUGGCUCACAGUCAAAAAAGCAGAACUGGCAGCUGCUCAGGGAGCCCAACAACGCACAGGUGUCAGUUAGCACAGGCCAGCCUUACCCAUCAGCAGGGACAUCAUUCACAACAACACCUUAUGCAACAACAACUCAUGACUACAGCACGUCCAGAGCAUAGCAAUCAGCAGAUACAACUGACAGUAAGCGAAGAUGGUAUUGUAACUGUAGUGGAACCGGCUGGCAGUAAGCUGGUGGACAAGGAAGAACUUCACGAGGCCAUUAAGAUGCCUGGCGAUCAUGGGCUCACUGUACAUCAGCUACAGCAAAUAGUUGGACAACAGGUGAUAGACAGCGUAGUUCGCAUAGAGCAAGCUACUGGUGAGCCAGCUAACAUACUAGUGACACACAACCCUGAUGGUACGACGUCAAUAGAAGCGGAGUCUCUCAUCGUCAAGGAUGAAAAGAACUCUUCAAAGAUGGAAACAGCACAGUUUGCGAUACCGACGGAAAUUAAGGAUAUCAAAGGCAUAGAUUUAAAGAAUGUGGGGUCUAUGGGAAUGGAAGGUGCAGUUGUCAAGAUCUCAGCCGGUGCAUCAGAACAUGAUCUUCAUGCUAUGUACAAAGUGAAUGUGGAAGAUCUCUCACAAUUACUAGCUUACCAUGAAGUCUUUGGCAAGUUAAAUUCUGAUGGACAACAGCAAGCUAAGGUUAUAACCGAAGUUGAAGUAGAGGCAGGUACGAGCGCUGCGAUGUCAGAAGCAGAGUCAUCGCCCGGCCAUCAUUCUUGUGAUAUUUGCGGAAAAAUAUUCCAAUUUCGAUAUCAACUCAUUGUUCAUAGGCGCUAUCAUGGCGAAAGCAAACCAUUUACGUGUCAAGUUUGCGGUUCAGCUUUUGCUAAUCCUGUAGAGUUAUCGAGACACGGGAAAUGCCAUCUUGCAGGUGAUCCUAAUGAGAGACAUGCUAAAAGAAUGGCACAAGAUAAGCCGUAUGCCUGUACUACUUGUCACAAAACAUUUUCGAGAAAGGAACACUUAGACAAUCACGUUCGGAGUCAUACUGGGGAGACGCCUUACAGAUGCGAGUUCUGCGCAAAAACUUUUACCCGUAAAGAGCACAUGGUGAACCACGUGCGUAAACACACGGGAGAAACGCCCCAUCGCUGCGACAUCUGUAAGAAGAGCUUUACAAGAAAAGAACACUUCAUGAACCAUGUCAUGUGGCAUACAGGUGAAACGCCGCACCAUUGUCAAAUAUGCGGCAAGAAGUAUACUAGGAAGGAGCAUUUAAUGAAUCAUAUGAGGUCUCAUACAAAUGAUACCCCCUUCCGAUGCGAACUGUGCGGGAAAUCGUUCACAAGAAAGGAACACUUCACCAAUCACAUAUUGUGGCAUACGGGUGAAACACCACAUCGCUGCGAUUUCUUGCUCGAAAACAUUUACACGUAA